AUGAACGUGGUGAUUCCUGAUCUACAGAAGCCGAUGGACAUUCACGUGUUUGAUCCUUCCUUGAUAUUCUCAGGUAAAAGUACUGCCUCUCUCUUAUCUUCUCUGAGUUACCAAAUAUUCAUAAAGGCAAUCACUUACGGCCGGACAUGUAUGAAAAAAAGUCUUACAAAAGUCAGCUACAUCAUUGGACCGUUACAUUUUGUCUCAAGUGUGUAAUUUGAAGUAAUCGUGAUAUUUGUAGUUUUACCGAUAAUCCUUCCUGAUACUGUUCAAAAAGAUAAACUUUAAUUUGUAGUGAAAGGUUUAAUAAUUCUUUAGCUGAUGGUGUUUCUUAUCAAAGAUGGUAAUAAAUGAUUCGAGUUGCUCAAGAGGCUUGGAAAUGACUUUUAGAAGUAACCACUGAUCUCAAUUUUAUUGAUGUUUUAUUUAUUAUUAUUAUUAUUUACUUUCUGUUUAAAGGGCCACAUUCCUGCUCGCAAAACAAUGGCAUUUGCAGUGAUUUGUGUCUUUUAAAGCCAAGAGGAUACCAGUGCGCAUGUCCGACGGGAAUCGUUCUUAAAGAGGACGGAAAAAAUUGCGACUAUGGUGAGGCUACUUAUUCGAUGUUUCAAGCAUUACGAAGGCAGGGGGGGGGGGAAGGAUUUUUUAUCAUUGAUCGUGCAUAUCAAGAUUUCUUCUUACACUCCCGUGGAGAAGAAGAGAUCAGCUUUACUAAUUUCGAAAAAGCAGAAAUAAGAGCAACAAGUUGUAGUUUAUGGUCAGUGUGUACACCGUACUAUGGAUUUCCCACAUAUCGUUUCUGGGUUUCAUAAGUAGACUUUAUUCACAAAAAUAAGGUCUAGAGCGAGGUCAACCAUCUGAAACAUAUUUUUGGGUUUUAUUUAUUUAUUUAUUUAUUUAUUUUGUCGUUGUUGUUUAUUUUUUGCCUUAAAGAUUUGUUCCAAAAGACAAGCGAUGAACUUUUUUUGCUCUUCGCCGAAGCGAAUCAUGGUGAAAUUUACAAGGUUCCUUUAGCAGUGGCGAACACACCUUGCUAUCUGCUUCAAAUCAACAUAAAUAUCUCCACGCCCGUGGCUGUUGACUACGACCCAGUUGAGGGUAAAAUCUAUUGGACAGAUGUGACCCUGAAACUGUUGGCGAGAGCAUUUCCAAAUGGAUCGUCAGUUGAGGUCAUAGCGUACACUGACGUGGUAAUGCCGGAUGGCCUUGCAGUAGAUUACAUUGAAAGGAUUCUCUACUGGACUGAUACUGGAACUAGCAAACUUGAGGUAGCACGGCUAGACGGAUCAUUUCGGAAAAGCCUCAUCACAACAGGGAUUGAAAAUCCAAGAGCUAUAAUUCUAGAUAUACCUGAGAGGUAAUCAAAGCUUUUGUUCUUUUAAUUCAAUUUGCGGUACACUUUUCUUGAUAUUUCCCAAAUGAAUGAUACACAGCAGAAAAAUAGUUCUUAAGAACUGGAAAGUUUCCAGCUAUUAGAAAAGGGAGGGUUGUCACAUUUAGAAUUUUCGUUGAUCUUGAGAAGCUUUUAAGUAAUUGUAAUUGUGCUUUUCUACGCACACCAAUUUUAGUGGAAUAGCCUCCAACUGGUGCGAUAAUCGUCCUUGGACGUUGUUUGUAUCGAGAAACAGAAAGUCUUCCAGAAAGAAUCUUGAAGAAAGCUGUUUUCCUUCGAGGAACAGAUAAUAAUUAAGGAUAGAUAUACCUCUAUUACAAGCAAUACUAAAGCUAUGAAGGUUAUCAUUGAAGAUGUUGCUGUUUCCUGUAACAGUUGGAAAACUUUCAUUCAUCGUGAAUUAACUUUGAGAGAGUUUUUUUUUAUCUUAUUUGCCUGAAGACCCCAAAGUUGGAGAUUGGAUUUAAUGAUGACUAAGUAAAGUUUUUCAUCUAUAAAUGGUAAAUGGUGAUAAAAGCACUGUGAAACAUUUAUUUUAGACAAAUGUACUGGAGUGAUUGGGGAUCAUCACCAAAGAUUGAGCAAGCUAACAUGGAUGGGUCUGCCAGGACAGUUAUUGUAAACUCUGGACUUGUCUGGGUUAAUGCACUUGCUCUAGAUUCGCAGAAUAAGCUGCUGUAUUGGUGCGACGCACAACUCGAUAAGAUAGAAAGGGCAAACUUUCAAGGAAAUAAUCGAGAACUACUUCUAGAUUUGUCUUCGUACAACCAUCAUCCCUUUGGACUUUCCCUGUCUGGUGACACUCUCUACUGGUCUGACUGGAAGAGUCAGAGUAUUCAUAAGUACAAUUUGACAUCUUCUCAAAGUGACGUGUUGGUCUAUGGAAUGGGAAGGCCGAUGGAAGUGCAUGUUUACGAUCAGAAAAAAACAAUAGCAGGUGGGUGCACACUCUGGAGUGGCUAACUCUAUUUCUGCAACCUUUACCAAGAUGACCUGGUUGGCUUGAUGACAGGUGUACUUUAGACUUGGUAGAAUAUUUCCAUAUUGUAACAAAAUGAUUUCGAUGUUGGCUCGGCGUUGUCAUGACCUUUUGCCAUGAAAAUGAUUCUCGUGUCAAUUUAAUUACUAAGGGCUAUUCAAACGGUAUUGAAAUAUUUGACUGCACAUACAUAACAUUCAUAUACUUGAGCAGAUAAGGUUUGGAGAUGGAAUCGAAUUCCCUUUUUUCUUCGAACACGGCAUAACCGUCUGCUAGUUAAAGUGACAUUGACUACAAAAACUUUGAUUACAGUUAAAACUUUAUGUAUUUUGCUAGGAUCAACAAGCUGCUCUCAACUCAAUGGAGGCUGUAGUCAUCUUUGUCUUCCAAAUCCGAGUGGACAUCAAUGUUUUUGUCCAGAGGGAGUUCAGCUGAAGCCUGGUAAUGCCUUCAUUUGUGAAGGAGGUAAGGAGCUAGAGACAUCGACUGUUCGUUAAUUUUCAUUGCAUGGUUUUAAAUGUUUUGAAAUCGUUAGAGGAAGUUAAUUGUUGAUUACAUCCAUUCAGUCGAUUAAUUUUGGGGAGCACACUGAAUGGUGGUAGAGGUAAUUUUUUAGAUAUUAUCAUACAACAUUUGAAUCGAUACAAAUGUAAAAAAUUGUGUUAAAUGUCUGAUUCAUGCACUGAUUAGGCCUUCAUCUUUUAAUGAAGCACUUGCUACGUUCUAGGAACACUGACGACAGUAGGAGGUGUUCUUUUCUUCGGUUUUUUCGGUUCUUACGCAUCUUUUGAGCCCUCCCGAUAUUCUGUGUAUUUCCAAUCUCGACGAAGGCGCGUUCAAGAACGAACCAGUUGCCAGUUUAGAAAAGAAGAAUAAUUGUUGUUUGACUUUUUUUUUCAUAGAGGGGUAUUGUCAACAGCUGUAUGCCCCGCCACAUGGAAGUCUAGAGCCCUGCUCUAAUUUGCCGGGACAAACCUGUGAGUUUUCCUGUAACAAAGGGUACAUUUUGACAGGAUCAACAACAAGAACAUGUAACAGUAAUGGAACUUGGACAGGAACUCCAACUCAGUGUAACGGUAACUGAUCUCAAUUACUAUUUCCUUCUUCCAUAAUGAUUUUAGGGGAGGGGUUAUGGGGAUGAGAGUGCAUCUUGAAAGAAACCAGACAUGUCUCUCCUUGUUACCAGCCGCAAUUUCUCUAUUUUAAGUGUAGUAUUCUUAUUGCGUCAAAAUAAUCCAUGUCUACGUUUCGUUUCUUAGUUAUCCCAUCACUCAUUCUCUAACUAGUUAUGAGUGCAACGAAAAAAGAUCUUCCGAAACACUCGCAUUCAUUCUACAUUGCUUCUUUCGCAGUUCUAGAGUUAAGAUUUCAUCAUUAUACUACUUUGAGGAAGUAAAACUCAUACUUUUGUCUUGCGAGUAAAGUUCUUCUGUAUAUGACAGUUGUUUUGUUUCCUUGACAUUAGCGUAUUCCUGUUCCUCAUAUUCAUUCAUUAUUCAAAGCCCUGCUGAGGAUUACAAAAAUCAAUACAAAGAUUAUCCAUCUUUUGCAAAAUGACCAUUUGUGUUAUUUUGAAAGUGACAUCUAUUUGUUUUAAGUUUCGUCUUAUUUAAACAGUCAUAAAAUGUCUAACUUUGAUCAUCCCACGGAAAGAGGCACUACUGACCUCUUCAUGCGGCAACACGUAUGGUUCAAAUUGUGUAUUUGGCUGUGAAAGUGGUUAUGGGAGUCCCGACAAAAUAAUUUCUGGUUGUCGACUGUAAAGAUAUCGUCUCGUCUUUCCAUUCAUAAAAUCGAAAAAUAAGCACGACUGAUAAACAUGUAAACAAAAACGAAGGAUGAAACAAGGGGAAAACAGUCUGAGCUAAUUUGCGGUAUCUUAUUCCAAACUAAAAAGGUCAUUUUCGAUACCAAUACAUAUAUAUGUAUUCCAAUUAGACAAUUUUUUAUUUUUGCAGACACAACUCCUCCUUCUUUCAAUAAUACUUGUCCAGAGAACAUGGUGGUCUAUACUCCUGAAUGCUCAUCCAGUGCUUUUGUUGGAUGGAAUGAACCAACUGCUGAUGAUAAUUCUGGUCACGUGAUUGUUAACUACCCUUCCAUUCGACCGUUAGCUCAGUUGAGCAUUGGAGUCUAUUUUAUAAUAUAUUCAGCUUCAGACGCCGACGGAAACAGAGCUAACUGCACCUUCGUGGUGAAAGUUGCGAGUAUGUCAUCGAAAUAUGUGACAUUGACUAUGCCUUUGAAAAACGUUGCUUGUUUUCUAUCGCUUUUGAUAAAUGUUUGUAUAUUGCUCGUAUACUCUUCUAUAAAUGUCUAUGUAUGUUUUGUUAUACUUAUCUUCUAAGCUAUCGCAAGCAAAAUUGUUUCCAGGUAGAUCCAUAGUUUCUCUCUUGAAAAUACAAUAAUACUGAAUACAAGUGUAUUAUAAGACUUGAAAUUGCGUCAAUUCAACAUAAUAAGGCUUUAUUUUCACAGGGAAAUCCUGCAUUACACUUCAGCCACCAUCACAUGGAAGUUUGGACCUUUCCUGUGGCUUUUCAUUUGGUUCCCAAGCUAAUUUUACUUGUGACAGGGGAUAUCAGUUAAUCGGGUCUCGAGAGCGUUUUUGCAAAGAGGACGGCUCCUGGUCAGGAAACACCUCUACAUGUAAUAGUAAGUAUAUGUUACUUUGCGAGUCAGCUUGCGUUUGGUCUCCAGUCUUUUGUCUUUAG